AUGCCGCUCAAGAAGAAGGCGAACACCCUCUUUGGUGCGCACGGCACCAAAACGACCCAGUCGUCAAGCAGGCCGCCGAGUACGUGGCGAUUGACCCACCUCGGCCGCCUACUCACGUUCCAAAAGAUCUACCACCUGGAGCCGAAGGAGUUCUGCGUUGAGAAACGUCCGGACAACACGCGACCUGCGAUGGUGGCUCAUGACGAGUCGCACAUCCACGCGCAGGUCGGCAUAGUGACAGACAUGCUUGACGUCGCGAUCGUGAACCAGGGCGAGUCCAACGGCCAGGAGUAG